GAAGAAUGAAGACAUUGGCACUGCCUUGUGGUGCCAUGGUGCCACUUUGUCUCGUCCAGAGAGUGAGCGCUUCAGCUGUGGUUUAUCCGGUUGGGAGCUUGCACAAGACAGUGCCAAGACGUUCUGCGUGCUGCAAAGUUGUAUCCACAAAAGCAGCAGCAUUUGACGAUGUUUUCGGUUUUUCUGCGAAAGAAGAAGAAUCUGGGAUAGAAAAUGCGGGUGGUGCCAAUGCAGCUCGUGCGAAGAGGAGUAACUGGAGGCAAGGAGGUCUUGUUAUCACUUUGAUUCUUUCCUCGGUUGUGUUCAUAGCAUUUAUUUUCGUCGAUUCUUUGCUAUGGAGAGCUGUCCGACGUCCCAGUGCUACGUUUCUUCUCACAGCUCCAUUUGUUUGCUCGCUAGUCGCAACUGGCUGCCUCGGAUCAUACUGCGUGCCGCUGCUUGCAAAGCUCAAGGCCCAGCAGAUAUUUCGAGUAGAGGGCCCGGCUUCGCAUCUUUCAAAGGCUGGAACACCAACAAUGGGUGGCCUGUUCUUUAUUCCGGUGGGAGUCGGAGUUGCGAGAGCUGUAACCAGAUUUUCGUCCACAGAAGUAGCCGGAGUAGCAGCAGCGACCCUGGUUUUUGCAGCUAUUGGCCUCCUAGACGAUUUUCUGUCGCUGGCGAAGAAGCAUAACUAUGGAGUUCCAGGACCGAUCAAGUUUCUUCUCGAGGUGGUCAGUGGCGUGUGUUUUUUCUUCUGGCUGGAUUCAGCGGGCUUGCCUUCUCCAUACAAAGUGAAGAAUCUGGUGCCUUUGCCACCUCCAGUAGGCUUGUGGAAUAUUGGCAAGUGGUAUCUUCCACUCACUGCCUUUUGCUUCGCAGCAAUGGCCAACGGUGUCAACCUCACAGACGGUCUGGAUGGUCUUGCUGGCGGAACUGCUGCUCUGGCUUUUGCGGGAAUGGCCGUGGCUGUUCUUCCCAUAUAUCCUGCUCUGGGAGUUUUCGGAGCAUCCAUGGCCGGUGCUUGCGUGGGAUUCUUACUACAUAACCGGCACAAAGCGUCCGUGUUUAUGGGAGACACCGGCUCCCUCGCUCUUGGGGCGGCUCUUGCAGCGAUGGCCUCAUGCACGGGCUUGUUUCUUCCUCUCUUCAUCGCGUCGGGCGUGUUUGUCAUCGAAACAGUCUCAGUCAUGGCUCAGGUUGCUUACUUCAGGUAUACGAAGAGAGUUCACGGAACUGGACGCCGUUUGCUGCGAAUGGCACCCUUCCAUCACCAUUUGGAGCACCUGGGGAUGAAAGAGUUACACAUCGUCGCUGGAGCAUACCUCGUUUCAGCUCUUCUAGUCACAUUCGCUGCUCACGUCGGCCUUAUUUCGGCUUGAAGAGAGAUUACAUAUAUCUUCUGGAUCUGAAGAUGCAUUGACGAAGAGGGGACCGGAGACAAAGAAUGAAAAAAUGCUCCUAGGCAACUGUGAGUGAGGUUCUUUCUUUUCCUCUUUUCCUUUUCACGCUGUGGUCGAGGCCACUGGGACUUUCUGGUCUUCCCCCGGCUGCAUAAUGACGAAGUUCACAGUCGAGGGAGAUCCGCCAACAACAGGUGAUUGAUGGGAGGCGUGAUCCGGUUUGUGUCUCUUCGCUCCAGAUUGCUCCAGAUUGCUGGGGACAUGAGGAGCAGCUUCAAAUGCCGGGCUGUGAUCCGGUGCUCCUCGUCGCGUCUUGGCCAGGAGCACCGUCUCAGCUCGGAGCUGCUUGCAAA